AACAAUCUAACCUUCAUUCCAAAAUCCAAACCACUUUUUAUCAAAGCCAGGGAUCCUAGCUAGCCUUGAUCCCAUAUUCAAUACAUCAACUUGACCAACAUACAAAAAUCUUUUGAAAAUUAAGGCGAAAAACAAUGGUUAAGAUGAUGAAAUGGAUGGCAUGGCCACCACUUCCAUCAAAAAAAUAUCAAGCUAAUAUUGUGGUUGAAUGUCUUCAUGGCAUGCAAAAUGUUAAUGAAGGAUUGUGUGUUGAAGUUGAGUGGAGAGGUUGUCGUAAAUCGAAUAGUAAACGGAUUAAGUCGUUAAUUAAGAGUAGGGAUAGUGUGAUCAAGAGGGAUGUGACUAAUGAAGGAAUAAUGUUGAAAGGUGGUGAUGGAUCAAUAGUUGUGGAAUGGAAUGAAGAGUUUGUUGGUGUUUGUGAGUUUGUUGAGUUUAGAGAUCUUUGGGAAGCUGGAUUCAUUGUGUCUAAUGGCUUAAACCAAGGACCAAAAAGAUGGGAUCAUGUUGUUGCAACUGGAUCAUUGAACCUUGCUGAAUUCGCUUCUCUUGAGCAAGAAAAGGCCCAAAUAGAUAUUCACCUUUCGGUGCCUAAUAGCACACAUUGUAGUCCUAUACUCUCUGUAUCACUCAGCCUUAAAGAAGUAAAGACUGCAGAUGAUAUGACAGAACUAACUGGUUUUAGAAAGAUCAAAAUAUUUAAAUUAAUAUCAGCUAACCGGGCCAAAAAAGGAUUCCAGGAAGAAGAGGGUAGUUAUGGGAACAGCUCAGUCAGAAGCGAGGAUGCAGACUAUCCAUUUGACACAGAUUCACUUGAAGGAACAGACGGAAAUGAUUCAGAAGACGUGGAUUAUGCUGAUUCUAAUAUUAAAAAGUCUUUGAGUUAUGGAAGUCUUGCUUCCUACUUUAACUCGAGGGGAAGUGAAGAUGAGGAUCGGAUUUACUACAAAAGUUAUAACAUCACAAAAGAUGCAGAUGAUUUGAAUGUAACUACAAUCGACCAGUCAGAAAAGCAAGUUUUGAAAAGCAGCUUCUUUCCAUGGAGGAAAAGGAAGUUGAACUUUAGAUCUCCAAAACCCAAAGGAGAGCCACUUCUAAAGAGGGAUCUUGGAGAAGAAGGGGGUGACGAUAUUGACUUUGAUCGUCGAAUGCUGACCUCAUCAGAUGACUCAUCACAUGGGUGGCAUAGAAGUGAGGAUGGCUCAACCACAAGUAGAUCUUCAUUCUCUGAAUUCGGAGAUGAUAACUUUGUCGUCGGUAAAUGGGAUACGAAAGAAGUGAUAAGUAGGGAUGGGCACAUGAAACUCCAAACCCAAGUUUUUUUCGCUUCCAUUGAUCAAAGAAGUGAAAGAGCAUCUGGUGAAAGUGCAUGCACAUCAUUAGUUACCAUCAUAGCCGAUUGGUUCCAAAAUAACCGCCAUCAAAUGCCCAUCAAAUCCGAGCUCGAUACCCUUAUUCGUGAAGGUUCAUUUGAGUGGAGAAACCUUUGUGAAAACGAGUUUUACAGAAAACGCUUCCCAGAUAAACAUUUUGACCUUGAAACCGUCCUUCAAGCCAAGACCCGUAAUCUUGUUGUAGUACCUGAAAAGUCCUUCAUCGGAUUCUUUCAACCAAACGGGCUUCAAGAGGGCAUUUUUGAUUUUCUUGAUGGUGCUAUGUCAUUUGACGCAAUAUGGGACGAGAUCAGUGAAAUUGGAUCAAACCACAGUAACCACAUAGACCCAUUGGUCUAUAUUGUGAGCUGGAAUGACCAUUUCUUUAUUUUAAAAGUCGAAAAAGAUGCAUACUAUAUAAUAGACACUCUUGGAGAGAGGCUAUAUGAGGGGUGUAAUCAAGCAUACAUCUUGAAGUUUGACCAAGAUACUACAAUUCAACGAAAGUCAAAUGACAAACUGGACAAGAGUUCAUUUAGUGAAAUCAAGAAAGAAGAGUCCAUGGUGUCAAAAGGUAAAGAAUCGUGUAAAGAGUAUAUUAAGAGCUUUUUAGCUGCAAUCCCGUUAAGAGACUUGCAGGCGGAUGUUAAGAAAGGAUUGAUGGCAGCAUCAAGCCCUCUUGUUCAUCAUCGGCUACAAAUCGAGUUUCAUUACACAAAGAGUUUAUAAAUGUUUUGGUAUUUUACCCUUUUUGCACCCCCUUAAGAGUAUGUACGUAUAUUAUAUAUGUAAGAAGCCCAUAUGUGUGUUUUUUUUUUUAUCAUAGUAUCUUGACUAUGGCACAUAUACGAGUUUACACUCUCGACUUCUAUUAUAAUGUAAAAUGACCAAUAAAAAGUUAUUCAAAAUAUUUGAUUGUUA